AUGACAGCAGCUGGAGAACCUCUCCGUGAUUCCGAGGUGGUCUCCUACCUUCUCAACGAACUCAACUCUGAGUUCGAUUCCUUUGUGAUCUCUAUCACCACAAGAGCAACUCCUAUCAGCUCUGUUGAACUCUUCAAUCAUCUCCUAACUCUCGAAAGAAGAAUCUACACUCUAGUUAGCAAGGCAUCCUCCCCAAUCCCUCUGUGGAUCUUUCGGACAAAAUAUCAUGCCGACAGAAGCAUAGAACGGCGCAAGGCUAGACUCGUUGCCAAGGGGUUCCACCAACAAGAUGGAAUCGAGUACUCAGAGACGUUCAUCCCAGUGGUAAAACCCACCACUAUCCGUCUUGUUCUCUCUUUAGCAGUGUCUCACGGAUGGCCUCUCAGACAGUUGGACAUCGAUAAUGCUUUUCUUCAUGGGUCACUCACCGACACAGUGUACAUGUCUCAACCUAUUGGCUUCAUUCAUCCUGAAUAUCCAGACUAUGUUGUCAAACGCCUCCUAAGAUACCUCAAACAAACCAUAAACUUUGGUAUUUAUCUCCAAAAAUCAUCUUCACUUCAAAUUCAAGCAUUUUCAGAUGCGGAUUGGACUGGUUGCCCAGAUAACCGUCGCUCCACGGGGUGCUUUUGCAUUUUUCUGGGAAGCAAUCUGGUUUCAUGGAGUUCUCACAAGCAACGAAUAGUUGCUCGCUCAAGCACUGAGGCCGAAUACAAGGCCCUUGCAAACACCACAGCCGAAGUACUUUGGCUUUAG